CAGCGUUAGAGGCGAAACCGAUUGGAGUAUCGACUAUUAGCAAUGGCUCAUUUGAAAUUAAAAAAGAACAGCGAUGUGUUUUCAUCUCUACCCACCCCUUCCACACCGCCCAGUCCCAGCGUAACCCGCAGCUCUCGGAACAAGUCGGUUCAGUGGGCCGACUGGGAGCUGACCGACGUCAUGGAAUUCAAAGACGAGGAGUGCCAACUCACGGACGACGCCACACAGACGGAAACAGAGACUUUCUUGAAAGACGGUGCUUUGCCUUUAAUAGAUAGUCUGAUGCAAACCUCUAUAGAAAUAAGUUCGCUGGCGUCGCGAGGCUCUCGCAGUCCCUCCCUGGUCACGUGUACGACGAUGGAGGAGGAGGAAGAGGAUAGCGAGAGUCGUCAGGCCGCCCUUAACGACCUCAUCACCCACCUGGAGGACACGGCCGCCCUCUUGAGGGACUACCUCAUGCCCUCCGCGCCGGAACCCGAAGAGCUCUUCUCCAGCACCUCCUUCGAGCAGACGGUUUUCUUGCUCAAGUACUUGAUUGUACUGGUGGGCUUCAUACAGCUGGUGAGCAUUCUUCUUUUAACCCUGUUUGAUCAUUUGACCGAAAAUCAUCCAGAUUCGGGCUAUCACAUACUGACUAGAUCGUGCGGGAUGGUACUCCAAAUACUAAAUAUGAUGUUGGUAUCUUUCGCAACAGUUGUGCUGUCUAGGCAGAUGCUGAAAUACAAGGUAGAAGGAAAAUUUAUGGCACAGACUUAUCUGGCUACAGUAGUUACAUUCGCCGGUCUUUACUUCAUCAUUUACAGAUUCGAUCCUGAAAGCUGGGAGUUCGGGAGCAGAGACAAAAUGGAGGACAACAUUGCAGUCACUCAGUACAUCCAAAUGCUCUACUUAUCCGUAUCUGCUGCAACACUGUGCGGUGCUGCAAACAUCCAACCAAGGUUUUGGUACGUCACUUUAAUUCUUUGCUUUCAGCGCAAACCAUCGGAAACUAUCACAGCUACACAGUACAAGUGCGACGAACCAGUUCCAUUUCCAGUCGAAGAGGAACAAAAACUUGACAGUUGCUCGCUCUUUAGACUGAAUAAGAGGUUUUGGGCGUAA